AUGGGAUGGACAGCACCCCCGACUCGCCGCGAAGUCUCGCUUCUCCUCUUCUGUCUCACUGCAUUUAUCCUUGGGUACAAUCUUGAAGUCUCGUUGUCUACCGUGGGUCUGGAUGCCCCGACGCGAGCAACAUUCUCGAAGAAAAUUGGUGUGGGCGGGGAUCCGGGGCUGGAGAGGGACGGGCGGAAACCGAGAGCGUGGCGGGACCGGCUGGAGAGGGAGGUUGUGGGGGACUGGGAGUGGGAUGAGGGAGAGGUUUUGCACACGUGGGGCGAGGACAAGGAAGGGAGCUGGGAGAGGUACGGGUAUAACUUUAGUGAUCUAAGGGACUCGGAUAUUACUUGGAGGAAAGCGGCGAGUAUGCUCGGAGCGCAAAGAGGCCUCGGAGAGGUACAGUUGCUGGGGCCGAUUAAUGUCGACGAAGGAAGGACGCACUGGGGGAGCGACGUGCCUAUGAGCCGAAUAGUAAGCCAUGUUCCAGGGUUCACAAUACUGGAUAACGCUGUUUAUGCCAACGGGACAAUGUUUAUCGUUAGCCCCAACGACCUGUCAGCACCACUUAGCAGCAUUGCCUCGUCCUCGACAAACCCUUCAGAACCUCCCAGUCACGCAGAGUGGCAGGUCAUAAGACCUGACGAUGCGGCUGCAAGAUUUGGCGACCAUGCCCAGAAAAUCAGUGGGGUUUCGUUUAUAUCCACGGACCCAUCAACUCUUCAAGAUAAUUACACCCUUAUCUCGCUAUGGCGAGCAUAUUCGACCCUCGAUCAAGAUCAAGACAUCACUUCGACAGGUUCUAGCACCCUCCCGCCACCCCUCCGCCUGAUCUACCCGAACAUCCAGACAUACUCCGACCACCAGAAACGCCCAGAGGCCGGCGACCCAGAAAUACCCCGCGUACGCUCUCGCAACGGCAUUCACCCCUUCCUCGUCAAGGCCGCCUUCCCCACCGCUGGGGUGUGGUACGCCGAAGACUGGGAGGACCUCAAGAAGACUGAAGUACCUUUCCUCCUGGAGCGCGUCGUCCUGCUCGAUCGGGCUGCGGCGCAGCGCUCAGGAUUGGAGAGCGGGCUGCCCUUCUGGGCGAACGCGUUCACGCGGAUGGAGGCGUCCCCGUACUGGUGGGCGCCCAUCCGGAAGACGCUUGCGGGGUUCCUGAGCGUGGACUUGGACGAAGAGGGUGCGGGCAAGGGGAGGAAGACUGCGAAAACGAAGCCGGUGAUUACGUAUAUUACGAGGCAGAACGAGGAGCAGGGGGCGAGGCUGCGUCCGCAGGACCACCAGCUGCUGGUGGAUGCGCUCCGAGGAUUGGAGAAGCAUUAUGGGUACGAGGUCCAUGUGGUUUCGCGCGAGACGGAAUGGAAGGACAGGAUGAGCGCCAUUUUACGAUCAUCGAUGAUUCUCAGUGUUUACGGCGACCAUCUCGCGGAUGCCGUCUUCAUACAGCCAUGGCCACGCUCUAUGGUCAUGGAAUUCUUCCCGCCGGAUACGUUCGUCCGCGAUAGAGAAUUACCCGCGAAGAGCAUGGGAGUUCAAUACAUGGCUUGGUGGUAUGGCAGGAAAUUCUCCGGCGAUUCGUUACCGUCAUCAACACGACUGCCUGACCAGACGCAAAGACAAGAGAUAGCUCUUGAUGCGUCAGCCGUGGCUCAGGCUGUCCGGGAAGAAUUGUCUCGGAAGCCAUGA